AUGGAAUCCGGGCCCAUGUCGGUAGACAGUGCACCCUUGGAGCCGCCGGCGCUCCCCGAGGGGAACGCAAACGAACCAACGCACGGCGGGCAUUCGCGAUUCGAGGUCGAGCUCGAGUUCGUCCAAUCCCUCGCGAACCCGGAGUACCUCAACUACCUAGCCUCACGAAAGUUCCUAACGAACCCGGCGUUCAUCGCCUACCUCGAUUACCUGCAAUACUGGACGCGCCCGCCGUAUCUCAAAUACCUAACCUACCCCACCUCGACACUCAAGACGCUGGAGCUCCUACAGCAGGAGAAGUUUCGCCAGGACAUCAUCAGCCCGGAUCUGGCGCAUAUGAUGAUAAUGGAGGGGAUGAAGACGGCUGUGGAGUGGCACCGUGAGGGGUGA